UUAGCCAACAUUCUACUCUGGCCAGCAGUCCAUUGUUUAAUGGAUUUUUUUUAAGUGCACAACAAGAGACACAAAGACAAGAAGCUGAAGAUGUUUCUGUAGAUGUUUAUCUUUUGAAUGGACAUAAGAUAACUAUAAAAAUAAUGUCCACGGAUCAGACUGAUGAUGUGCUAGAGACUGUAGCGUCACAGAUCAAUUUACCAGAUGACUUUGUUUACUACUUUGCCUUAUACCUGGUUAAAAAGGACUCAGAUGGAAGUUUUUCAAUUGUCCGAAAAAUGCAAGAUUUUGAGUCUCCUUUCAUCUCACUGAAGACAGCUGGAAGCAAACACAAAAUAGUUCUUCGAAAAAAUUUUUGGGAUGCGACCUAUGAUGAUGAUCUUUUAGACAACAGAGUUUCAAUGAAUUUACUUUAUGUACAGGCUGUCAGUGAUAUUGACAGGGGUUGGACCCUGGCUAAUAAAGAACAGAUGGCACGACUUGAAGUACUCAAAUCAAAAGGCUCCAAGAAGGAGUAUUUACGGUUGGCACAAACACUAAAGUAUUAUGGUUUUAUCCAAUUCAAACCAUGCACCAGUGAUUUCCCUGUGAAAAAUACCAAAGUACUUGUCAGUGCAGGAAACAGGGAGCUAAGCUUCCGAGUUUCAGAUCCAGAUGGUCAAGUGAAAGAAGGCAGUUUUAAAGUUACUAGAAUGAGGUGCUGGCGGAUAACAACAACUAUUGCAGAAACCAAUGGUGAAAGUGAUGUUAGUAACACAACAUCUGAAUUAGAAUUAUCGUUUGAAUAUUUGGUUGCUAAGGACAAAUUACAGUGGAUAGCAGUUCAAAGUGAUCAAGCCAUUCUUAUGAGUAUUUGUCUUCAAGGAAUGGUGGAUGAACUUAUUAUGAAAAAAGAAGGUUCAAGAAUGAAACGGCCACAGGAUAGGAUACGUGGUACACGAACAGAUUUCAAGAAGAGGGACGCACCGAAUAGCAUCAAAAUGUCAUCAUCAUCUUCAAGUCAUUCAGUUUCUUCACCAGAUUCCCCCAGCGAAGAAACUGCAAGUGCUGCACAAAAAGCCAAAGAAUCUGUUAAAAAGAUAUCGGUUAGUAAAAACAAAAUUAAUUUAUUUUCCAAUAACACCACCAUUCUGCUUUGCUGCUUUGCUUCAAAACUCCUAACCCUAAUACAUGCAGAACUUGGAAGUUUAAUCUCAUCUGCUAAUCAUGAAAGGCAACUAAACUUUCUUUACAUACACAUGUCCAUCCCUGUGAAAUAAAACUACUGACAUCUUUGAAACUCUCUGGCAUACUCAAUCAGGCCUAAUUUAAUUUUAAAGUAACAGUAACACAUUCAAAAUGAUGCAUACAUUUGUGAAAUGUGUAGUUGUGGUUAUGUUUUGUACAUUUUAC